UUUCAGUUUAACAAUAUCACUUAAUGACAAUAAUGAUGGUAUUCUGUCAAUUACACUUUUAUGCCGUAGCUCGCCCGUAGGUCUGGAGGCAGUCGGAGCUUGGACAGUGUACGUUCUUGAUGUCGUCUCCUGUGUUGCUGAAAAUACUGAGCGACGUAUAUUGGAAAACAAAACUUGUAGUUUUGUACUAAUUACUCACACAUGGUAGAUACAAUGAUUGUUUACGUGAAGACGCUAACAGGACAGACGUUGACAAUAGAAGUCAUACCCCAAGAUACCGUGGAAGUGCUAAAAGCAAAAAUACAUGAUACAGAAGGCAUACCGCCAGACCAGCAGAGGAUCGUCUUCUCAGGAAAUCAGCUCGAGGAUGGGAGCACGCUCGCGUCUUACAACAUUUGCCCAGAAGCUGUGUUACAUCUAAUCCUUCGGCUGAGAGGCGGGGGUAUGCCCAUGUUCUUCCUCAAUGUGGUAAUGCCAUCUGCGAAUGUGAUCCAACCGGUUGUCAAUGAACAGACGACCGUUAGAGAGGUGAAAAGGUUGCUGGAGGAAGAAGAUCCAUCCUUAAAGGACCGGAACUAUCGUCUGAUGGUGGCUCAGCGGACGAUGGACAACAGCAAGACCUUGGAGUAUUAUGGCAUCACGUCAGAGGCAGUCAUAAGAUUAGAAAUGGUAGAAAAGGGUUGCUGCGUUAUGUGAGUUUUAAAUAAAUGUAUUUCAUAUUUUUC